AUGGCUACAGGGAACGGACCCAUCUCUUUCGUCGGGAACUCUACCAACCUUGUCCGCAACCCAUAUUCAUGGACAAAACUGGGACAUGUCCUGUACGUGGACCAGCCUGUCGGUACUGGGUUCUCAACUGCCAGCACCCCCUACCCAGUAACCAACAAUGCCUAUACGACGGCUUAUUUCGUUCAAUGGCUACAGUACUUCCUGUCAGCUUUCCCACACCUCCAGUCGAAAAAGAUCCACCUCAUGGGCGAGUCAUAUGCAGGCAUCUACAUACCCUACAUCUCAUCCGCUCUACUGGAAGGAAACAACACCAAGAACCUGAAAAUCCGAUCCAUGUCCUUGGGCGACGGAACCUGGGGCAGCGCUGCAGCAAUGGCCGACAUCGCCAUGGGCGCCUACCUCCACAGCCAAGCCAAGCAGCUCCACGUUCCAAACACUAUCCUCUCAGCAUUCGACACAGCAGACCAAGCCUGCGGCUUCACGAACGUCCUCAAGCAGGCCCAGACAUACCCACCGACAGGAAAAAUACACAUCCCAGGGAAUCUGAAAAAUAUGAACUAUCGUCGUCGUCAUCGCCGCGACCUCACCACCGCCGGCGACAGCGCAUGCAGCAUCGACCCUGUCAACGCAUCGGCUGUCUAUACGUCCAUCAUGAACUCAACCUGUUACGAGCCGUGCGCGACUUUCUCUGUUGCAAUGGACUAUCUAACAGCCAUCUCUGCUGACGGGACCGGGUCACCCUGCUUCGAUAUUUAUGAUAUUCAUCAUAACUGCAGCACUAUCGAUCCGCUUCAACUACUGGCAGAGUACUUUAGCCGUUCAGACGUGCAGAAAGCACUCCACGUUGACGACAGUGGGGUAUACAGUCCCUGCAAUUCUAACAUCCUGUCGACUCUCCUCGCCGCAUCCUCACCCGUUCCACCAGAGUACGAGCUUCUCCCCUCCCUCGUGACAAAACAUAACCUCUCGCUGCAUAUUUAUAAUGGGAAGUGGGAUAUGCUCAUCAAUCACCUGGGAACGGAGCUUUCGAUUCAGAAUCUGACGUGGCGUGGCGGUCAGGGAUUCUCAACGAAACCUUAUCGUCGGUUCUAUGUUUCGGAUGCGGCGCCGGAUGAUGACAGUGUACGUGGUGUCGACGCUGGGACGUGGGCGAGUGAGCGCGGUGUAUCGUAUCAUCUGUUUGAGGGUGCGGGUCAUAGUGUAUUUGCAACCAAGACUGAGGCGAUGUUUUCUUUUGUUAGGGAUGUUGUUGUUGGUGAAAAGGUAAGUUGA